UAGUACAGAGUAUUAGUAACUGGUCUGUUCUUGCCGGGCAUUUCUGUUCUAAAUAUCCAUAGCCACCAGCAACACCUCUCUCUUAAAUGCCACUGAUCUUCUUCUCUCUUUAAAUCAAAUCUCUGAUCUCUCUCAUUUUCAUGGAAAAUAGAAAUUUCCCAUUAAGAUCUCUUCUAUUUGUAUUUUCCAUUUCCAUUUUAGUGUAUUAAAGUUUUAAGCUUUUGAAUAUAUAGAUCUUUCCAUUUCCAUGGCUUAUCAGUUUCAAAGCUCCAUUUUUAGAGCAAGUAAGUUUGAAGCUAUGAUUUGGGCUUCUAAGUUGGUUCUGAUUUCUGCCGGAAUUAUAUCCACUGUUCUUUUAUUCAAAGUGGCCAUAAUUCCAUUUACGUUUCAUCUUAUUCUGUCUGUUAUUCCUAGCCUUUGGAUCUCCCUCCGUAGCUGGUUAUCUCCACCCUUCAUUUACAUCAUCCUGAACUUCAUCAUAAUUACCAUUGCUGCCACCACCACCACGGACAAAACAUCUUCCACUAAAACUCAUUUGCCUUCCUUAGACAAAGCUCAAGAAGAAACUGUCUGGCAAGAUGUCAUUCAAGAAAACAACACAAAAUCAGCUCAAGAAAAUCAAACCCUGUUUCCAAACGCCGUCGUUCAAGAGCAUGACGCAAUUGAAGAAAAUCGGGAUCUUUGGCAAAACGCCAUCGUCCCAGAGUCUGAUUCUGCUAAAGAAGAGAAAGAAGAGAAAGAAGAGAGCUUAAAACCAGUAGAGGAUUCGCUGGAGGACACGUGGAAGUUGAUUAUGGAAGGACAAGGGAAAGAGAAGUCACCCCAGCUGAAGAAGAGCGAGACUUGGCAUGUACCACCGCGGGUAGUGGCGGUGGCUGUUGCAGCUGAUGAGGAGGAGGAGGAGGAGGGUGGUGAUAGUGAUCCGGUGGCUUGGGCUAAGCGAGAAUUAAAGAAAUCAGAUACGUUCAGUGACAGAGCAUCGUUAAGGAGAGAGAAAUCUAUGAGUCAAGAUGAGUUGAAUCGGAGAGCGGAGGAGUUUAUUAAUAAGUUCAAUAAUGAAAUGAGAAUGCAACGACAAGAAUCCGAUCAACGGCGUUUCAUGGCUGCGGUUAAUCGUCGUGUUUAGUUUCUUAAUCUUCAAUUAACUAAAUAAUUACAGGUUUAUGCCUUAAUUGUGGUGUGCUAAACCAAAGGAGAGAGGGGUCUUGUUUAGUUGACUCUUAAUCCUGCUUCUUAAGUCUUAAUUUUGCUGUAAAUGUUAGAAAUAAUAUAUAAAUGGAUAUUAAUGUUUGUUCUAAAAAAAA